GAUGGAAGUUGUCUAUGGACUUUUCGCUGCUCCACGACUCUCUGCCUGCCUUAUGGGGCUUCAGUGCCGGUCUGGCAGUUUUACAGUGAGGAUACAAACUGCAGUCCAGAGAAUGGCUUGUAGAAACCUGGACUAAGGACUGCUGACAAAAUAUAGUAAUUGUCAAGCCACUUGGAAACCGGUGGAUUUACUUUACUCAAUUGUGGACGAUUUUUUUUUUCAGUGGAUGAAUGAAAAGGAACAUAUCUCUGGAUACCUGGGCUCACAGCAAAUCCUUCAACUGAAACCUCAUAUUUAAUUCCCAAAUCCACGUCUACUGGAUCAUAACAAAAUGUUCUGUCAACACUGGAUAAUUUACAAGAAGGAACCGUUGGUACUCUAGCAUGAAAUAUCUCAACUGUAUUGAGCUGUCAGUUCUGCUGUUGGCAUGAGGGGAAGUGGAAGGAGCAACAGCUUUCGGACAUUUUUUGAGACCUCCCUUACUUAACCAAUAACCAGGUGCAGGUUCAUGCCAGAAGGGGCGCAGAUGGCAGUUGGUGUGAUCCAGCUCCACUUUUGAGGAAACAAAAGCUCGUAUGGGACAGCGCAGGCUGACCACCAUGCCAGUAGCCAUUCGGAAACGAAGUUGGGAGGAGCAUGUGACCCACCCUUCAGGAUUACAGUACAGCUAUGACGAUCUGGAUCUGGUCUGCUGUCACGGAGUGGACAGCAAGGGGCCUCGGAUGGGAGCAGGGGCCUCCAAACAAGGUCGCCGGACGAGGUGUGCCUCUAUGCCCGAGGGCUGUCACCAACUGCCCACAGAGGAACUGGCUUCGACACGUGAAGAGACCGCUUCCAUUGGGGGUGACGAUACUGACAUUGAGCAGUUGAACAUAAUGGGAAAAAAUGACAAAAUUCCAGUGGGUUUGCAGGAGGAGUCAAUUCAUGGACCUCCUGAGUUGGUGGAUGUCGACAAUAUUCCCCAAAGGGACUCUGAAUCCGUGCAUCUCCAAACCGCAAACAUGGGGAGUUCUGGAGACUGUCAUUGUAACAGUGGGUUGUUGACUGCAAAUCUGUCUUACGCAGCUGAUAGCAGCAGCAGUCACACGGAGAAAACUAUCAACGGUGAAGGUGAAAUAGGCACAGAGAUUAGCCAGAGACUCAACAUCUGCAGUGACGAUAGUGUCUUAAAAAGGCCACAUGUCUCUCGUGAAACGCAACAAAGCAUCUCUAUCUCUUCUAACAAUGGGCUUCCACUGUCUGAAUCUGCUGGUGACCAGUCUGGCAAACAUCCAAAUCAUCAGGACACAAAGGAGAGCCACACAGAGGGUUACAGCAGACCUCCUGAAAUCUCUGGGGCCAUGCGAAACGGGUCCAUUGCUGCUGAACUGGAACCUCAAACUGACCUCCCAGAUGUUGAGGAAGAGACUCUUUCGACAUCUGAGCACGAUGGGGCAAAUGUGAUUUUAACUAGUGUUGUGCUUCACAGCUCAGUUGAUAAGAUGGAGAGCGGUGAUGCCAUGGCACCGACUAACAAAAUUGCUGCUGCAGACCCAGUUGUGACUUCAGUGGUAGAUGGAGAAAGACACCAUGGGGUAAGGGAAAGCUGGAGUGCAGACUCUGCUGACGAGCUGGAUAAAUUAAAUGACCCAGAAACCUUAAAUGAAAAAACAGGACUUGCACGUCACUCAAGAGACAUUGGAGGAGGAGGAGAGCGAGAUCAUUUUGACUGCACUGGGGAAUUGGAUCAGGCUCGUGGAUGUGAAAUAUCCUACCAGACUUCAUUGGAAAAAUGUAAUAUUAAAAUAACAGGGAUGAAUAGGCCUCAGGGAGAGGAGUGGGCACAAGCAGGAAGCGGCGAGAACACAGAGCAAGUCAGGUAUGGGCCAAUCACGUCAUCUGAUAUUUGUUUCAAAGGCCAGUGUUGCUCUGUGACAGUUACCAGCAACAUGCCCUCUGGACAAGGGGAAACUGGACAUUCAGAAAAGGACCUGGGACCGACAAACAUUACCCAGUGUGCAGACCAGUAUGUGGAAACGUCGACCUCAAGAAGUCAACCAACAGAAGACGUGGUUGCAAGGUCAGUAUCCAAGGAGUUGUCUUUAUCUGAGGAUCAAACCAUCGAUCAGUUGUUGGAAAAUAGUUCUUCAAAACUGGACACUAUCCUAGAAGUUAGCUGCAUUGAGCCAGAGGACGCCCCGGCUCUGGAUCUUCAAAAGAACAUUAACUCAAAUAUGGCCCAGAAUCCAGAUGUUCAACCGUCUCAUAUAAAUGAUGAACAUACGGCUACCGAGCAGCUUGCCCAAAACCUGCCAUCAGGAUCCGCAGAGGUCGACGAUGAGCAUUCACCAGAAGGAAUCCAUGGCAACCAAGCCUCUGGACGUUACUCCAGUGAGUCACCUGCCUCUGAGGUGGCAGAUGGUCAGAGGGAACACCACAGGCCAGGAGCCACAGUGUCUAGCAUGGAGGAAGCAGAUGAGGCCGAUCAUGCAGUUACUUACAGCGACACACACCUUUCCAGUCCACUUUCAGAUGGAACAAACACGUGUGUGGAUCUGACAGAGGACAACGUGGUCAAAGUGCGCAUGAGAAAGCGUGAACAUGCUCGACUGGAUUCGAUGGUGCUGCUACUGAUGAAGCUGGACCAGUUGGAUCAGGAGAUUGAGAACGCCCUCAGUGCCACUUCCUCCAUGGACAGCACCCCCACCCUCCACCGGCGACCACUCCAGGAGUCGGAUUUAGGGUCUGUACAUGCGUCACAAAACCCUCCUCAUCCAAACAGUCCGGCUGCCUCCUCCUCAGGACCUGUACCUGCCCUCGGAGCAAAACCUAAGAGUGGGAGCACCUCUGCCAUUCCUGAGAACGAAAAAGAUGAGAUCGAAGCCAAAGAGGCCUGUACCUGGCUCCGGGCCGCAGGGUUCCCACAGUAUGCCCAGCUUUACGAAGAUGCCCUGUUCCCCAUUGACAUCUUCUCUGUCACGAAAGACCAUGACUUCCUCGAUCGGGAUGCGAUUGAGGCUCUCUGCAGGAGGCUGAACACCCUCAACAAGUGUGCUCUGAUGAGACUGGAGAUAUCGCCCCAACGAAAACGAAGUGAGGACUCUGAUGAGGACGAACCCUGUGCCAUCAGUGGUCGCUGGACCUUCCAGAGGGACAGCAAGCGCUGGUCCCGCAUGGAGGAGCUGGAGGUUUUUUCCUCACUGUCCACAGAUGCCACAGAGGCACCAUCAUUCCCUGUGGCCCAGGAAUCCCAGAAGGGCAAGCUCGCCCUACGUGAAGGCAACAGUUCAGAGAGUGUGCUGACCGACCUCAGUGAGCAGCCUGAAGUGGGCUCCAUCCACAGUAGCGGGAGUGGAGGAAAAGGAGAAGAGAACGGCCAGGGCCCCACCUUGGUGAAUGAGGCUCUACCUGCUGGUGCCACUCGUGCCAGCUCUGUAGCCAGCAUGUGCUCUUCCUCAGGCACAGGCGGGUCAGGAUGCGCCAAUGAAGACUCUUUGUCUGAUGGGAUGCCCCCAUCGCCCCUGGAAAGACUGGGGAAUUUCACGUUUGAUAUGAAAACGGCGAUGGGAGGACUCGGAGGGAGUCUCGACAGAGGAGGAGGAAGUGACAAAAGCACACGCUCACGAGCUAAGAGCUUCUUAAAGAGGAUGGAGAGUCUACGCCUGCGCAGCGGCACCUCCUCCAAGAGGAAGAAGAAGACGAGCACCGGUGGAGGGAAGAUUGAGAUCAGUGGCCCUGUCAUCAAAGAGGGUCUAGAUGAUGACAAGUUGAGGAGGCUCAACUGUGUGGACAUCUCCAGUAUCAACCUCAACCAGAACCUCAAUCACCACCGCAGUCCCACUCAGACGAUGACACUUAACCGGAAUCGCUCUGUCUCCUACUCCACUCAGACCAGCAACGGAAGCACUGGGAGUACAGGCAGCAGCCAAUCAGAAGCCAGCAGUGGCAGUGCAGUGAGCACGCCAAGCCCUGUGACUCGCGCUCGCAGCCACAGCACAGCAGCUGGCUCCACUAAGAGAGGAGGGAUGUAUUUGGAGGGGUUUGAUCCUUUCAGCAUUCACCAACCAGCUUCAGAUCGCCAGCCGACACCCCCAUCCAAAUCUACCACACCCAUCCCAUGCCAAGCUAGCAAUGGGAUGACAGUUGACGAGCAGAACCGCAGGAACAACUGCAGUGUUCGCGGAAAUAUCAGACAAGUUGAGGAAGAGGAGGAGGAGGAGGAGGAGGAGGAAGAGGGCAUGAUCUUCUUCUUCUUACCAGAAGGUCACAAGCCUGGUACAUUCCCCAAAGCCCUGCAAGAUGGGAGUUCACGCAAUAACAAUGGGAAUGAUAAUGGAAACUCUGUGGUUCUCAGGGGACGACAAAGUAGGCGCCAUCAUCGUGGCUCUUUGGGCUCUGUUGACAGCCGGCUCAGUUUUUACGACAACGUUCCCAACACUGAGAGAGAGGAGGAGGAGGGAGAAGAGGAAGAAGGGGAUGAACAGAAAUUGGUGGAGGCGCUACAACAUGCCAGCGGCCUACAGCGCUUUAACGCCUGGUCAGAGGCUGUGGCUGCGGAAGAGGAGGAAGAGGAGGAAGAUGAAGAGGAGGAAGGAGACUCAGACUCAGCACUAGACUCUGCCUCCCCAUGCCCGUCUUCUCCUUUGCAAAACCGACUGGAAGAGACGGAGAAUGGAAGCGACCAAGACAGCACAGGAAACCCGCUGGGUGAUGGAGAGGAAGGGUUGAGAGAAAGAAGAGAUUCUGGUGUAGGAGCAUCUCUAACACGAAGCAGCAGGCCUCAGAAACUCCGCUGGCCGAGCUUCCAGAACUCCCAUCGGCCCAGUUUGGCCUCCGCCCAGCUCCAGAUUACCUGCCAGUCUGUGUUACAGAUGAACCUGCUCCAGAAGCUCUCCCUGCUGCAGCUCACUGCUCUGCUGGAGAAACAUACCCCGACAAACAAACACGGCUUCAGCUGGGCUGUGCCAAAGUUUAUGAAGCGGAUCAAGGUGCGCGACUACAAAGACAGGAAUGUGUUUGGUGUACCACUGCAAGUCAUCGUCCAGCGGACAGGCCAGCCCCUCCCUCAGGGGAUCCAGCAGGCCAUGCGCUAUUUGCGCAGCCAGUGCCUGGAUCAGGUGGGUCUUUUCAGGAAAUCGGGGGUCAAAUCUCGAAUCCAAGCUCUGCGCCAGAUGAACGAGGCGAGUGGAGCGGAUGGGGGAGGAGUCAGCUACGAGGGCCAGUCGGCUUACGAUGUGGCAGACAUGCUGAAACAGUACUUCAGAGAUUUGCCAGAACCCCUGCUCACCAGCAAACUAUCGGAGACCUUCCUCCAGAUCUAUCAGUACAUGCCCAAAGAGCUCCGUCUGCAGGCAGCUCGCGCCGCCGUGCUGUUGCUGCCGGACGAGAACCGCGAGGCGCUCCGGACUCUGCUCUGUCUGCUGAGCGACGUGACAGCCAGCGUGUCCGAGAACCAGAUGACUCCCACCAACCUGGCUGUUUGUCUGGCGCCGUCCCUCUUCCACCUCAACACCCUGCGCCGCAAGGAGAGCUCCUCGCCAAGGGUGAUGAACCGGAAGCAAAUGCUGGGAAAGCCGGACCAGAGAGACCUAAACGAGAACCUGGCCGCCACGCACGGUCUGGCACACAUGAUCCAGGAGUGCAGGAAACUCUUCCGGAUCCCAGAGGAGAUGAAUCGCUGCAGGAACUCCUACGUGGAGCAGGCGCUGCUGCCUGGACGCCUGGAGGAUCUUGCCAGCGGAGAGGCUGGGCAGGCCAGCUGCCGGGGGUACCUGCAAGACGGCCUGGAUGCCCUCCUCAAAGAGGCCAAGGACAAGUUCAGAGGUUACGACAGCUGCUCCACGCCUGAACACGCCGAGCUGGCCUACAGAAAGGUGCAUGAUGGUUUUCCAUUGCGGCUGUGGAAGGUGACCGUGGAGGUGCCCGCAAGUCCGGAGGAGGUGCUCACGCGGGUGCUGCGGGAACAGGGCCACUGGGACGAGGAUCUGCUUGAGAGUCGAGUGGUGGAGACCCUGGACGAGAAGACAGAGGUCUUCCAGUACGUCAAGAACACCAUGGCUCCACAUCCCACCAGAGACCACGUGGUGCUCAGAACAUGGGUAACAGACCUGCCAAAGGGAGCGUGUGCACUUCUGUGUACAUCUGUGGACCAUGAGGGGGCGCCUGUUGUUGGCGUUCGGGCCAAUGUCCUCACCUCACGGUACUUCAUCGAGCCCAGCGGAACCAACAAGUCCAGACUCACGCAUAUUUCCAGAAUCGACUGCAGGGGUCGUUUUCCAGAGUGGUACAAUAAACUGUAUGGACACUUGUGUGCUUCUGAAGUGGUGCGGAUACGUGACUCUUUCACGGCACCCAUGGACAAAUGAGAGGGCAGGGUGCAGUUCGGGCAACUACUGCCUCAACAGCCUGUUUUUAACCUUGGCCUGUUGGACCAUAAUUUGGAUCCUACUGGGACUCGGUGUGACUCACUCCACCCGUUCUAGCAGAGAGGGAGACGGGGUCCAAACCUCUUUAUACUCACAUGUAAAGGACAAACCCUGGAUCUUUGAGUGAAGGAUGUUUUUGAUUUUUUUCUGAUCAUGUCACAGCAGACGAUGCUAACGUUUUGAACUGUUUGAGUAGCGCUGUCAGCCGAGAGCUCAGCUGCCAAGAGGACUCAUGUCACACAAACAUUUAUCUGGGCCAAAGGACUCGAUGCCGCUGAUGAAAGGAUGCGAGGUUCAAACGUUUAUCCAAAGGGUGCUAUUGCUUCUGAGAAGCAAGGGGGGAUUCAGUGUGAGUGUGUAUGUGCGUGCAAAUUAACGUAAUUUACAAAAAUACAUAUUCUUUGCGCUGGUUUCCAGUCGCAUUAUAAUGUGUACAUACAGUAUUGUGUCCACAGUGGUGUUUGUCUUGUGUUACCUCUUUCACGUUCCCUGUCACAGUAAAGCACAGGGGGAAUAGCAGACAAUAUUAUAGUCAGUUGACUGAUGAAUCCAUUGGUGAAGAAAGAUGCGAAUGUGCUGGUAAUAUGCAGACUGAGUGGAGACAAUAGGCAGGAUAUGGUGAGGUAACAGGUGGCUGAUAGCACAGAGGGGUUUUGUAUCGCAGCAGGGACAGAUGAGGGCGGUGGCUGGCUCACCAAAAGGAAAGAAGCGAUCAAAGAAAAAAGGCUCAUUUAUUAAAAUGGAAACAGUUGUUCCCUCAAUAAGAAUUGAACUCAGUGAAUCUGAGGAUGUUGGUAAUUUGAUGUGAAAGUCGCAUGGCGCAAAAAGAAGAGCACAAACCUCUGCCGGGGCCAAACAGUCCACUUAAAUUCAAUCAAGCACAAAAUUACACACACGUUGAGAUCAGUCCCUUCAUUUGAAUCAAUAUCCAUAAAUUAGGGUUUAUCAGUGAAUAUGACUUGCAACGUUCCUGGAAAUAAGCAGAGUGGUUUUGCAUAAAUGUGCUCACAAAUACACAAACCAACCCACAAACAAAGGAGCAGGGGUGACCACAUAACCUUAUUGGUGGAGGUAAUUGUUCAAUGAUGUUACAACAACAUCAAGAGCCUAUCGGAAAGAGUUUGUGACAGAGCCUCAGUGUAAGAGAGGGGAAAACUUCACUCACACAGCAGAUUUAAUGGACCAAAUUAAGUGUUAGAUGUUUCUUUUUUAAAAGCACAGCAGAUUUCACAGUUUUCGAUGUUGUCGUCGUCUUAACACCACUUGUCAAAUAUUCAUUUCACGAGUACUUUUACUAUACACAAAGACAGAACUGCAACAGGAACCUCUGGUUAGCCCAACGCGAGAAGCCGAGAAGUAAACAGGGAAAAAAAUGGUCCUUUUAUAAAGGUGGAGAUUUUACAGGUUUUACUGUAAAGAAGAGGGCAGAUUGAAUGUUUGUGUGAUUUCAAAGGAAGGAAAAAUAUCUGUGUUAAUGCUUCUUUCUCUGUAUUGUCAGUGUUUUUUUAAAAGGAAGUAAGAGAUGUGGGGUCCUCACGACAAAGUUGACCUUUACAUUCACGCUUCUAUCUGAGGGCUCGCUUUGCCUCACAUGGAGUCGUCUGAUUAAUUCACUAAGCCAUCGUUCUGUUGUAAAUGUUUCCAAACUGUGUCCCUGCCAAAUAAUAACGCAUGACAAUGACAUUUAAUUUAAAACAAAUAUAUUUAUACCUCAGAUA